AUGAAUUUAGACUGUCUGACAACUACUCCAUUUAGAAAACUAAAUAUAGAAAUAUCAAAAGCUUAUGAUAAAACUGCUAAAGAAAGUAUGAAACGUGCCACAACUAAAAUGAAAGAUAACUAUACUGAUGAUAAUAAACCAAUAAUCAAGCAUAAUAAAAUUGGUGGUGCAUGGCAACGACGCGGCCAAUUCAUAUCAUUAGAAAACUCGUGUGCAACAUUGCAUUUAUUUUUACCACAUGUUAUAAUGCCUCGAGUCUAUAAAAGAACAACUUCAAAAGCACAAACCCCCAGUAAAAAUAUAAAGGAUGCAUUACAUUCGAUCCAAAAAGGAAAAAGUAUUAGAGAAACUGCAAUAACUUCCAAAAUACCCUAUGCAACUCUUCGUCGUUAUUGGAAAAAAUUUUUGCUUGAUGAAAAUACAAGACUUAGCCCGAAUUAUUAUGUUAAAAGAAUAUUUACAGACAAGCAAGAAUUAGAAUUAAAGGAAUAUAUUUUGAGUUGUUCAAGAAUGUUCUAUGGCCUUCCAAUUAAAGAAUGUCGGUGUAUAGCUUUUGAGAUGGCAACCAUCAAUAAAAUUAGUAUUCCACAGAAGUGGCACAAAGACUCAAUGGCAGGUAUUGAUUGGAUGAAUAAUUUUAGAAAGCGACAUCCAGAUUUGUCUCUUAGAACACCUGAAGGAUGUUCUCUCUCAAGGGCAACAUCAUUAAAUGCCCAUAAUGUAAAUAUAUUUUUUGAUAAAUUAAAAGAACUUCUUGCUAGAUCAUCAAUAUUUGCCAAUGGAACUCGGAUUUUUAACCUUGAUGAAACUGGAACUAUUACCGUGCAGAACCCACAAAAGGUUCUUGCAAAGAAAGGUGUGAAGAGUGUCUGCAAAGUCACAAGUGCUGAAAGAGGAACCCUUGUCACAACAUGUAUAAUAAUUAGUGCUUCUGGACAAUAUCUUCCACCAGUAAUUAUUUUUCCAAGAGUGCAUUUCAAGGAGCAUAUGUUGUUAGGAGAUCCUUCUGGAUCUCUCGGACUUGCAUGUAAAACAGGCUGGAUGAACGGUGAACUUUUUUUAGAUGUUAUGAUCACUUUAUCAAGUUCUCGUCAAGUACAAAAGAAAAUCCAUCAUUAUUAAUAUAUGACAAUUUCGAAGCGCACUUAUCUAUAGCAAUGUUAAAUUUAGCAAAGGAGCAUGGAGUGACCAUUUUGACAUUACCGCCUCAUUCCAUUGUAGCUCCACUCUAACAUUGUAGCUGCUUUUAAAAAGACAGGUAUAUUUCCUUAUGACAGGAACGUGUUUACAGAUAUUGAUUUCAUGUGCAGUUCUGUGACAGACAGAACUUUUGAUGUUAACAAUACUUGCAUAAAAAAUCACGUAAGCAUUACUUCUGAUAAUUUUUUUCACCCACAUGUUUCACCAAAUGCAGAUCCCACUACCUCUACUACUAUAGAUACAAACAAACUAGUUACCAAUGAUACCAUGGUUAAUCUGUCUACAUCAUCAGAUUUCUUUAUCAGCUUUAAACAAUUCAGAGGGUUUCCGAAAUCUGGAAAAAAAAAACUGUAAAAGAAGGGAAAGGAAGAAGGGUUGCUCUAUCAUUGCCACAGACACUCCUGAGAGAGAUCGGAUUGAGAAAAGGCUCUGCAAUAAAAAAGUUAGUCAAACUUACAAAAGAAUUAAAAGCAAAUUUACAGAAGAUUAACAAAAAAUUACUUAAAAAAGACGAUUCUGUAUUGGAACAUUUGACAGCCACAAAUGAAAAAGGUUUAAUAAUCCUAGAAGAUGAUUUGUGUGCUUGUGAUAUAUAUUCUAAUUGGUUAAAUUUGAAACAACAAAAAAAAAAUUGUUUUAUGUUGGAAAGGUUUUAUGUGUAAACUCUAUAAAAGAAGAAGUUACAAUCAGUUUUCUUCGGAAAAAAGGUGAUAUUUUUAAGAUGCCUAAUUCACUAGAUAUUGUGACUAUCCCUAGAAUGGAUGUUAAAUUGUUGCUACCUCGGCCAACUUUUUCUGGAACAAAUAAAAGGCAGCAUUGCCAUUACAAAUUUGAGGUUGUGUUUGACUGUAUCGGUAUUUGCUAAAUAUUAUUUUUAUUGCCAGUAUACU